AUGCUUGAAGAUUGCCAAUUCAUCUCUAAUUCAUCAAAGUCAAACCUAAAAACCCUAAAGAACAAUACAAGGAAUGUUCAGCAUUCUUAUAUUAUAACCAGAAGUCUUUCUCACUCUGAGAACCCUACCAAACCCACCUCCAAGCCUACCCAGUCCGGAUUCUCCCUAAAGACACCAAAGGGUACCAAAGAUUACAAUGACAAGGAAAUGGCUGUGCGCGAAAAGAUGUUUUCAACCAUCAAAACCGUCUUUAAAAGACACGGUGCAGUUACCAUCGACACGCCGGUUUUCGAACUCAAGGAGAUCCUUGCAGGAAAGUACGGCGAAGACAGUAAACUGAUCUACGACCUGGCCUAUCAGGGCGGCGAAGAAUGCUCCUUACGAUACGACCUCACCGUACCAUUUGCUCGGUUUCUGGCCAUGAACGGCAAAGAAUACCCUUCGAUCAAGCGGUACCAGAUUGCCAAAGUCUAUCGCCGCGACCAGCCCGUGAUGACAAAGGGCCGCAUGCGAGAGUUCUAUCAAUGUGAUUUCGACAUCGCGGGUACUUACGACUCCAUGAUCCCCGACGCAGAAAUCUUGCGUGUCCUUUGUGAGUCCCUGACCGCACUCGAGAUUGGCGACUUUGAUGUCAAGAUCAACCAUCGAAAGAUCCUAGACGGAAUCUUUGAGGUAUGUGGAGUCCCGACCCAAAAUAUCCGGUCAAUCUCGUCAGCGAUCGAUAAGCUCGACAAACUUUCGUGGCAGGAGGUGCGCAAAGAGAUGACAGCCGAAAAGGGUUUACCGGAAGAUGUGGCAGACAGGAUUGGAGAGUAUGUCAAACUCAAGGGUGAUCACACUCUGGUCGAGAAACUCUUGCAGGACCAGACCCUCAAAGCCAACCCAAGUGCAGCCCAGGGCUUAAAAGACAUGGCUACCUUGUUUGAGUUUCUUGAUGUAUUUGACAUCCGUCACAAGAUGUCAUUUGAUCUCAGUCUGGCACGCGGCCUUGAUUAUUACACUGGAAUCAUUUAUGAAGCAAUCACAAAGGCACCAUCAUCAUCCUCAUCACAUCUCACAUCAUCUUUGGGUCAAUCAACUGACGGAACAGAUCAAAAGAGAUCAAGAAGACGAAGCUCGCAAGAGCAAGAGCAAGAGCAAGAAAGUGCAGAGGCUAGUGUAGGUAUGGGAUCAAUUGCCGCCGGUGGACGGUACGACAACUUGGUCGGAAUGUUCUCGGGCUGCAAUAAAAAGGGAAAACCCAAUCUCCAGAUCCCAUGUGUUGGUGUGUCUAUUGGUGUGGAACGAGUAUUUUCUCUUCUGAUGGCCAAACAGGAACAACAAGCUAUCAAGAGCAACGAAACAAAAGUGUUUGUGAUUUCGGUGGGGGAUGGUCUGUUGAAAGAAAGAAUGGAGCUCACUAAAGAACUCUGGGAUGCCGGUGUCAAUGCGUCGUUCUUAUUCAAAAACAAACCAAAGCUGGAAAAACAGUGGAUGGCAUGUGAAAAAGACCAGAUCCCACUGGCAAUCAUUAUUGGAGAGGAUGAGAUCAACAGAGGCGAGAUCAGAGUCAAGGACAUGCGGGCAAAGGAUAUGUCGCAGGGAGGAGGAGUGACGGUGAAGCGAAGCGAAAUGAUUGAGGAUAUCAAAUCUAGACUCUUGAACAUCUAG